AUGGAGGCGAGCGCCGUGCAAGAGCGGCUGGCGGCGGCGGCGGGCGAGGCCGGGGGCUUCACGCGCGUCCGCCGGCGGAAGAGGCGAGCGGGCGAGCCGGCGGAGGCGCCCAUGGAGACGGGCGGGGGGCCCCCCCUGCCCAGGAAGCGGCCCGACUUCCCACCCCUGCGCGGGGAGGCCCUCGGGGGUGGAAAAGGUGAAAUGAGGAAAAUUCCUGUACCAGCGAACAGAUACACACCUCUGAAAGAGAACUGGAUGAAAAUUUUUACACCUGUUGUAGAACACUUGCAGCUUCAAAUCAGGUUUAACUUGAAAACAAGGAAUGUAGAGAUAAAGACUUGUAAAGAGACCAAGGACAUCAGUGCCUUGACAAAAGCAGCUGACUUUGUGAAAGCUUUCAUCCUUGGAUUUCAAGUUGAGGAUGCCCUUGCCCUCGUCAGGUUAGAUGACCUUUUCCUGGAAUCAUUCGAAGUGACCGAUGUUAAACCUUUAAAAGGAGAUCACCUUUCUAGAGCAAUUGGAAGAAUCGCCGGAAAAGGCGGGAAAACCAAGUUCACUAUUGAAAAUGUCACGAGGACACGAAUAGUUCUUGCGGACUCGAAGGUUCACAUUUUAGGAUCUUUCCAGAACAUCAAAAUGGCGCGAACGGCAGUUUGCAACCUCAUCUUAGGAAGUCCUCCGUCAAAGGUGUAUGGCAAUAUCAGAGCCGUGGCCAGCAGAGCAGCAGAGAGAUUCUAA